GCGCACACGCCUCCUGCCUCCUUGCACUCUCCAACAUGUCUUUCUGACUACAUCUCCCUCCCCGUGUUCCCCUUCCCCCCUUUAGCCUCUUCAUUUCUUGCUCCGCCGUGACAGUCCCAUUAGCAGUCAGGCGAGACUCUGAAAUCAAGCAUGGUUAACAAGUCCUUCCGUAUCUCCAAGAACGGCACUCUCCUGUUCGAACCCUUCGAAGUAUACCGCAUACACCGCUGACAUUAGAUAUAUAUCUCGGUCUCAACGCACCCGUCCGCUCCUGAGCCGUCGCUCAACCGACAUUGCACCCUUUACUCACUUGUACCACUCUCAAUUAACCAUGACAUCCGAAUCUUCCUCGUUAUUCAGUCUCGCCCGCAACAAGCUGCACUCCGUCGUUGGCGGAAACGUCAAGGACAGUGCCAGCUUGCAUCGCUGGGUUCUCCUCAAAAAUGUGAUAAUUCGCUCCCAUAUCGCUGACGCCCCGGCGUCCUCUUCGGACAAUGUGGGCGCUGACCCUGUAUAUAGACAUGAAGAAGAAGAACAUCAUGAUGAGGCUGAGCAGGACUCAUUUAUGUUUCCGGACCCCGACGAUCUUCUUGCUGAUGAGGACUCCGACGUCGGGAGCCGUGAAGAUCAGUGGUUGGACUCUUUGCUCGAGACCCUCGGAGAUGAUGAGGAGGACUUGGACGAUAGUCUUACCCUCUCGAACCCCCGUAAUCAUGAGGAAGAUGAACCAUUAAGUCCACUAUACUCCCCCAUGUCUUCUUCAGACGACCUUGUCGGACAGUCCAGUUUCUAUUAUCCGCCAGAAAUAGCUAUUCCUUAUCCUGUUCCUUAUCCACCACUUCACCCUCCACUCGUACCAUCUUGGCUCGCUCUCGAACGCUCGAAUGACGAUCCUUCUCUAACUCCCAGCCCCCCUUUGUACCAUGACCCUCUCCCUUACUUCCAUCAAGACGACAUAGAAGACCUCUCUGUCCCGGAUGCUAUUGAGGACACUUCGGAUGAUGAAUCCGAUGCCCCUUGCACUCCGUCUACGACUUCGACGUCAUCGCUUUCCCCUCCCAACGCUUCUCUUCCCCUUCCGCACGAGCGGACGCGCCCCCACCCCCAUGUAUAUAUUGGCACGGACGAUUCGUACUUCUACCCAUUCGAGCGUGAUCCCCUUCCCUUCUCUGAUACUGAGCACCCUGAUGGUUCUGGUCCCCGUUCCUCCUCUCCUUUGUCAUCUCAGGGUCUUGCGUCAUUUGUUACUACAUCAAGUCUUCGCCACGUCGCCGAGCAUACUGAGCACACAAUGUGUCAAUUCUGAUCUCAUCCCGAGUUCACAUCUAGGCCAGAACUCGAAUAAACUUAAAAGUGUAACUGUGUGACGCUUUCCGUGACCUUCCGAAAAGAACCGCGCUACGACUCCUCGGAGAGAAGCCAUGGGGCAGUCCUGACUCACAAAGCAUCAUUGAUAAGAACUGUAUACAAUACAGCUAGGUCCAACCAGCUUGAGGAGUAAUCAGAAGAGUCCCCUCGGCCACAAUACAGAGCAAAAGUAGAUCGUGACCAAUCCCCAGCCAAGGCGCACAAGGAAGCAAACGCCCCUUCUCGUUAGUUGCGACAGAUCAGCGUUCCGCGUUGUUUGUCGAUUCUUCCGAGCCCGACUUCGGAGGAACUGGUGGGAGUUCCCAGAAGAUAUCCUCGGACGGCGGUAGGUCGCUAAGGCGAAUAUACUGUAUGGCAAUGUUGUUGAAUGCCGUCGGAUGUGAUGGGCAGGGUGGGAGUGGUUGGGAGGUGAGGUGAGGCGCUAGAGAUGUAUUUGAUAAUGAGUUCCAUUUGGGGAUGCGAGGGAGGGCAGGCAUGCGGAGGAGCAGGAGGUGUAACGUAACAUUUAAGCACUCACCGAUACGAGACACGCAAGGGAAGGCGGCGGAGAGCUUUUGUGAUGGGACGCUGAUUGGUUGUUUGCAAGAGAAAUGAAAAGAUGUCAGUUAUCAGUUUGUCGCCCAUAACAUAACAACGAAGAGAUAACGCUUGGGAGACAAGGAGAUGUUGGGUGGGGUGGGGAUGGACUGGAGCGCAUGCGUGGAACUGAUUGCGAGAACGGGACGUACUUGUCGACGUACUCGCUGAAUCUGUUGGCGAUAAGGAGGAGUUUGGGGAGCCGAUUGCUUGUCCAGUUCUCACGCAAGAUGUUCUCGUAUAAUUGCAGGUCGCAAUGUGGCAUGUAUGCGAUACUUGGAUUUGGAAGCGCAUAGGCAGCAUUCUGUUUUUG